AUGUGCACCGUGAAUUCACCCGUACGCUCAACUGCGUCGACAUGUAGCUCACUGGAAGAAGCAAUGAGGCAAUCUCUUUUUUCAACUGACCCGCUCGAUAGACCAACCUCAAGAAGACACGAAACCCGAGCAUCGGUCGUAUCCGGACGAACAGGAAAGAUUCCUAGACUACUUUGGCGAUGCAGCCUGUCGGCACGCAGCUUGUUGUCACGUGAUCGAGGCGGUGAUUGCUCGACCGAGAACAAAAGCAGAGCCCGGCGGAACACCUUGGGUUCUCUCUUUUCAACAUCACCAAGGUCGUCCACAUCAACAACCACAGAGACUCGACCUUCACAUCAACGCACCACAGCUACGACGACACAAUUAAGCACGGUUUUUUUGCACGGCAACAGUGAAGACCUGCAGCUAUUUCGUGAAGAAGCAGAGUACUCGGAUUAUUUAUCUGCUCAUGUGACUGGGCAGCACUUUGAACGACGUCGGGAUGGCAUUAUAUUUUACGAGAUUGAAGCACAUUUAAGCAAGCAACAGUGGUGCGUCGUGCGUCGUUUCUCUGACUUUCGUGCACUUCGACAGCAACUCAUUAAGCACUUUAGUCGAAGCAAACGUCGUCGUGAACCACGUUGUGCAAUUUGUGAAAAUGAGCUGGCUUCCAUUAUAGAGACCAGCUUCCCCUCGCGCCAUGUCUGGGUCUCACGCCUUUUCUCCAGUACAUCGGGAGGUACACUAGAGGAUGAAAUUGUCGAAGAUCGAAAAACGCGUUUUCAAGAGUUUGUUGCCAUGUGUCUGCUAACGAUUAGAAGUCUUCGCCAACACAUGCGUGUACUUCCAGAUAGCACCACUUGCGAGAUCAGUGUGGCCUUGCAAAUGAUGGAGGAGUUUUUGGGCUUAAGUUUUACGAGAUACUUGGGGUUUCUUGGCGAACGUGGCAUUGUCGAUCAAAUGUCAGAGACUACAAGACAAAGCCUUUCAUUACGACGACGUCAAAGUGAAAGAAUAGCAUCCAGCAUUUAUUCAACCUGCUAG